CGGCCAGCUGCCCGAGGCUGCUGUCAUCUGUCAUACAUCUACAAAUUUAAAUACUUUGUUGUUAAAAAACGUUAAAAUUCAAAUUUCUUUUUAUUCAAAUCAUUUAUUUAAAUCAUCAAUAAAUUUUAAAAUAUUCCGUAUUCAUUAUGUCUGCAUCGUGCUCGUCGACUCCAACAAACGAUGCGAAUAUUCUGGACCCAAUUCCGGCAUUUACACCCAAAGACAUUUCCAAGUUUAUUAAAAAUCCAAAAUCUUCCUGUAAAAAAGUGAAAAAGUUUCUUAGUGAACCUCACACGCCCAAAGCUAGUAUGGAACUUGCUUUGGAAUUGAAAAAAGUCAUCAACGAACGUAAUUUACUCACCUCAAAAACCAGAAAACGUGUCUUUGAUUGUCUUGAUGAGCUAAAAUCGAAUAGAGAAGAGGAAAGUAGGAAUUUCAAAAGGGAAAAAGCACUACUAGAGAUAGUAAAUAGUGAAAUUAAGUAUGUUAAACAGUUGGAGAUUAUUAUUGAGUUUUUUCUCAAACCUGUACAAGAGAAAGAGCUAUUAAAACCUGACGACUAUGAGGUUCUUUUUGGUAAUAUAAUUACAAUUUACAAUAUAAAUAAGGAACUGUUAGAAGAACUAGACAAAGGAUUUGAUAACGUGGCCAAUGCCUUCUCGAAAAUAGCACCAUUCUUGAAACUUUACUCUGUAUAUGCUUAUGAAUUCAGAAACAGUCUCAGAAUAUUACAAAACUCUAGAAGCUGUAAUCCUGCUUUUGCAAAAUUUAUUGAAAACCAAGAAACUCGGCCAGAGGUUCAAAAUAAAUUGUCUGCACUUUUAAUUACACCUAUUCAGAGAGUUCCCAGAUAUAGGUUGUUGUUGAAUCAAUUGUAUGAACUUACAAUGCCUAUCGAUAAGGACUAUGUACUUUUAAAAGAUUGCAUGCUAAAAAUUGAACAAUCAGCCUCCCAUAUCAAUAAUGUUGUUGAAGAACAAGAGAAUGCUCAGAGAUUAUUAGAAUUGCAACGUUAUUUACGGAGUGGAGAACCAAAUAUAAUCACUCCUGGAAGAAAGUUGAAAAAAGAAGGAAUUCUUCAUAAAAUGUCUACAAAAAAGAAUGGGCACAGCGAGAAAUUGUAUGUAGUAUUAAUGAAUGACAUUAUCAUCUUUAAUAAGAUGAAAAAGGACGAUUUAGAAGUUGGGUCUUUGAAAGUCGAUUGUAUUUUGCCUUUAAAUAAAUGCAAAAUUGUUGAGAUUUUGGAUAAAGGUUGUUUAAAAGUGAGCUGCCAAGAUGAAGAACUUAUUUUAUAUGAUGAGCAAUUAAGUGAAACAGUUGCCUGGAUUGAUUGCAUUCGCCAAUCUAUAGAAAACUAUUUGGAAGACAGGAAAACUUUGAGAAAAGAAAGUUCAAAUAGACGAGCCGUUAAAAGGAAAGAUGUAAAUGAGUACCAUGAAAUUGGACUUAGCCCUGGACAACCUUUGAAGAAGAGAAAAGUUGUGGGUAAUCAGAACACAGACUCAUUGCUAACCCCAAGGAUGGGAUAUGGUAUACAAGCGCGUAGAUCCAUUCAUUCAGCUUGGAAUUCUACUCCAAUCAAAUUGGAAAGCAAUCCAGAAACUAAGCAUCUCAAUGUCACUGGAUUUCCCUUAAUAGACACUAGUGAUUUUCCAAAUUCAAGUGAAUGGAAAAUUGAAUCAGGAACUAAUCGAGAUGACACACUUAAACCUUUAAGUAAUAAUGUAAAUGUGGAGUUAACUAAGAGAAAAGACAUUUUUGUUUUUGGAAGAAAGCAUGAGGAACAAAAUGUCAGUAAAAUGGGCAGCUUUUUUAAGACAUUUGGAUCAAAAUUCAAGGGAAUUCUAGGAUUCAAAGGCAGCUAAACAUGAGUUUUUUAAAACUUAUUUAUUUAUUUUGUGUUUUUUUACUAAUUAACCAUAGUUUUAAGACCUAAGUAACGUAUUUUAUCCAUAAACUCUCUAACUCUAUUCUCGUCAACUUCAUUACUCCAUAAUCCUCCUUUUUUGAAAUGACUCCCAACAAUUAAAGCAUCAGCUUUGAUAUAAUCCUCGAGAUUUUCCUUUGUUACACCAGAUCCAAUGAAAAUGGGCAAAUUUGUUGUCUCCUUCAAUUGAUUUAGUUCAUGUAAAUGUGCUGGAACUCCUGUUGAGGUUCCAGUAAGUACCAAACCAUCAGCCAAAAAAUAUUCAGCAGCUUUUGCUGUUUCACUUAGAGAAACAUCACUAGUGAUUGCGUGCGAACUAUGCUUUUUUUUAAUGUCGGCAAAAAUUAAUACAUCAUUGGCAUCAAUAUAUUUUCUGUACCUCAAUAGUUCUCCUGCAUUAGCAUCUGUAAAUCCUUCAUCUCCUAUAUGGCUGAAAACAAAGCCUUCUGCUCUUAUAAAAUCUAGAGCACAUGCUUUUGCUAUAGCUAGGGCUUCUUUAUUACCACAAGAUAAAACUUGUAUGCCACAAGGUACAGAUUUUUGAGUUAUUUUUUGGAUCUCUGUGCAAAUACGAGUCAUUGUAGCAGUAAUUUCUGGUCCAAAUUUUUGUGAUUGGAUAUAGGGAACAUCAUGCAUAUUUUCUAUUAACAGUGCAUCCUAAAAAUAGUUAUUAUUGGGGAAUUGAGAAAUAAAUUGAAAGC